AUGAGCAACUUCCGCAGCUUAUCUGGGCCCUGGCCCGACCUGACCCCACCCCGUGAAGCCGUACACUUAAGGCAAAGUUAUGAUUCCCUCCGAUCCCAGCUGUUACCAUCUGAUGAGCCCCUGAAUCUCUUUGCUUCGAGCCCGCUGUCUUUCUCUGAAGGCUUCCAGCACAAUAAAGGCCUUGUAGGGUCUACUUGUGCUGUGGCUUCAUUAUGCGUCAAGAGUUCCAGGGGAGUCUCAAGUAAAGAAUUUCAUACCCCGCAAAACACAUUUACAUCUGGGCAUAGGACCAACACAAAAGGUUGCCACCAGAAUGUCCGAUCUUGGCAUGAUAAAACACUUUGUACCCCAGGGUGCCCUACCGCUGUGUUGCGUACACAUUCUUUGCCUGUCGGAUCACCUUCCUUCCCCCGCGAACCAGAAAGGGAAAGGAAUCUUGCCACUAAUGCUACUACAGACGAGAGGAUAACCUCUAAAUUCAAUACUGAUGGGGCGCUGGGUGCAGCAGCAAUCUCUGAAGGCAGGCUCGCUGACCUCCCUCCGUCCACCCCACGAAACCAUGCUGGGCAUGGGGCGCAGAGGAGCCAGAGUAGCGAGUGUUUGAGGGCUACCCCUCAUAAAUCCCAUUUAAACGCGUUUUUGGACACCAGAGCAUGCUCAAGAAAUCAUCAGUUGGAAUACUGCAUUCCGAUGGAGGUCGAGGCUUUACUUUUACGGCUAAAGCACCGCAGCUACAACAAUGGGGCGACAACAUUUAGUUGGCGGAGGCUGCACGGGCGACCAGCUGGCGCAGAUUGUACAGCUCACAAUAGACGCAGCUAUACGAGAGGAAUAUGGAAGUGGGAAGGGGGUAUGAUGGUGUCCCUUGAUGAUCAAAAACUAAGUACCCUUCGGCAGGAGGCGUUGAACCGAGUUAGAGAACGGGCACGAGGAGCCAGGCAAAAGCAGCAGCAACAGCUGCUGCAUAAUCAGUUGCAACAACAGCAGCAGCAACAACGAAGUCGAGUGCUGGCGCAGCAGCUCAGAAAACGCACCCUACAGAGGAUCAGAGAGAAGAGUUUGAAGCAAGAGGAGAAGCGGCAGGAAGAGCUGCUAAUGCAAAAGCAGAUGAUGCUUGAAGCCGAAGUACAGAGGCAAUACUGCACGCAGCAUCGAAGAGCUUUGCAGAAUCGACUGGUGCAGCAGCAGCGCGAGAUAGAACGUAAAAUACGGAUGCACGCAGAGGAGAGCCUUCGCCAUUCCAUGGAAGCAAAGGCAAGGACACGCCAGCGCGGGUAUAAAGGCGGAGGAAGAUACGAUCAUGCCCCCAUAGUCUUCCUAAGAUAUCCCUAUGACUUUUACUGCCUUCAAGGAGCUUCAACUUAG